UAGACUGCGCCCACAAAAUCGAGCUGACGUGCCCAAAAGAGAAGUCAGAGAACAGGAAAUAUAAACCAGGUUUUUUUUUUUUAGAAUGACUAGUCCAUCUGGAACCAAAAUAAUGGACAAUCGUGAUGCCAUGGCCGCAGGUAUAGCAGAGCUGUUGAGACCAGCAGUUCAAGAAGUUGACGAAAGAGUGAGAGUAGUGAGGGAGAGUCAAGUUGAACUAAGACACAAGAUUGAAGAGUUAGAUGAUGCUCUAAGAGAACUUUGCAAAGAGAAGAGCGCCCCCAUUGAUUUGGAUUUAUAUGUGAAGAAACUAGCCAACUGUAAACGGAGGAUUGCUACAGUUAAUAACAUUGUGCAGAAUGCUCAGGACCGUGUGAUGAAGCUGGACAAUAGAGUGAGCACCGUGACAAGAAAACGCUAUCGGCUGAUGACAAGACUUCGGGAUAAACUCUCCUUCGAGUCCAACCCAGAGCCUGGGGUCCCCGUCAAUGAAGCCCAUGAUGAGCCUCUCAAUGAAGGUCAAGAUGAUGACGACGAAGACCAAGACGAUAAAACUCAAGAUGAUUCCAUUCUAGAUGAUGAAAGGACUGAUACAGAUCAUAUAAACAAGCAGGAGGGUAAUUUGUCGUCUGAGAAGUGAUGAGAUUGGAAGGAUUUAUAUGUGCGUCAGUUUCCAUGGGGAUUUUGCAACCAUUCAGAUGCCAAUCAUGCAGAGUGUGGAAGUGAUUUUUGACCAGCAGACAUAUCGUCACGCCACUAGAAAUCGCCUUGUUGUCCAGUCAAUAUCUCACUUUCCUUAGGCUGACAGUUUCCCCAAGGCUAAGUCGAGCUUGGUCGAAGAACGUCUCACAGGGAGUGUUUCUUUCCCCAAAGAAGUCUCAAUUGGCGGUAUUUUCAAUGCUUCUAACUAAGUCUUAGGCAGCAAAUAAAAAUCCACUCCCCCUGGAAGCUAACGUCCAUAGAGUACCGAAGUGUGACAUCAGUUGCCAUUGUGUCAUGGUGGGCUGGUUCUAAACAGAGUCGCAGCCGACAUUCGUCUGUCCACAUUUGUAUUUGAAAAUUGGCUCGUCUGAAAAAUAGGUUGCAAGUGAUCGAAUUCCGCUAGCAGCCAUUUUCUUCUAUGAGAAACACACACUUUCAUUGGGCGGGUACAUUUGUUUAGAACCAGGCCGCCAUGACACCAUGACAACUGACGUCAUUGCUUCGGUACUCUAUAUACUUUGGAUCUGUAUAAUAUGGGUGUAUACGAUACAGUUUAAACUAUAAGCACUGUGUGUGGUUUCCCAUUGACUAGUCCUUUUGAGAUAAUAAUACAGUGUAUAAAAUAUAUUAUAUCCUACAUAGAUUGAAUCCUGUAUGCUGAUUGGUUCAAAUAGCAUCAUGUGAUCAAACAUAUUCUCACUAUUUUGCAAUGAUGUCGAAAAUGAAACGCCCACCGAAGAAAAUGUGCUAUUCCGUGACGUCAAUGAUGGAAUAGUCGACUAUUCCAUCAUUGACGUCACAGAUCAUGAUGGCGCAAGCACUAAUACGCGUUCUGCGCACUGAGCGCUUCAGGAAAAGUAGGUCAGUCAGCGCAGCUGGUUUGAUUCAGAUUUAAAAAAGAACUAGAUUAUCAAGAAAGUUUCUAUAACUUAUUAAAGUAGGAUAUAAAACAAAUAUACCAGGCCUUUAUUUCGAAAGUAUAGCGGGAAUCAUUCAUCCUCGGUUGUACUAGCAUAGUCACUAUAUUUUCCCUCGGGGCUUUGCCCCUCGGGAAAAAAUAGUAAUGCCAGUCCAACCUCGGAUGAAUAAUUCCCGCUUUACUUACUCAAAGCCUGGUAUAUUUGUAUACUAUAAAAUAGCCUAUAAUUUUAUUCGUACACGGCAAUUAAAAUGUUUUCAGGGGGAUAGUACUUGCUUUUCUCCCUGGUAACAUAAUAAUUGGGAUAUGGUAUGAAUGUGUAUGAGCAGUGAAUAAGUGUAUUAUUCAAGUGGUCCUAAAUCAUAGGAUGACAUUGUUAUUACACUAUUGCAUUAUGGGUUAGGAACUGGCCUAGAUUUGAGUAGUUAAGGACUUAAGAUGGUGCUGUAUGCAGGGUUGCUGGUUCAUAUUGACUUAAAAGAAAAAACCUUGUUUUUGUCCUAUCCUAAUGGAAGUGUUGAAUGGUGUUGAAUAUGAAGUUUUACUGAUAUGUUGAGUUAUGUACAGCUUUGUUCAAAGAAACUUCUGAAGACCACUGAAUUUCUUACUUCCAAUGGAGUUUCCUCGAUAGUGUGUCCCAUUGAAAAAUUCUCUUAUUUUUACAGAAAGGCCAAAUCAUAUCUCAGUUACAUUCUCUUUUUUUUAUGGGAAAAGUUCAUGUAUUGAUAAGCAGUAGUAUUGUAUUGUUUGUUGUUGUUUCUUUCACUGAAUCUUGAAACGCACUGGCGUAAAUCCAAGCAGUGAACCUAUUGUUUGGGCGGGGGGUGAACAAUUGUUUCAUCCCCCCCCCCACUUGAAUAGUUUAACAUCAUGGAUUUACGCCCAUGUUGAAACAAGAGUACAGAUUCAUUUGGGAGUUUGGGAAAAUCGUUUCUGACAGGCCUCAUUAUUUGACCUUAGUUGUAUUGUCUGUAAUCUGCCAGGUGUAAACGAUUCACCUAAAGCAUGCGUCUCAAAUCAAAAGAAUAAAUAUUACUCCUGCUAUAAUGUCAAAACUGUUCACAGAACAUGUUCAUGACACAUUUUCUUGGUCACACUGUAAAUCAGAGCUAGUUCACAAAAGUCACUUUUUUGUUGAGGUUGUGGGGGGUGGUGGUUAUGCAUCCCUAACAGUAAUGUUUGGGUCAUGUACAUUACACCCCUUGCUCCUCUAUGAUACACCUUUGAAAAUAAGCACAUUGUUAGGGGAGAUUGCAUCAUCACUGUUUUAAUGAAUGGAAAUGACUCCAUAAAAUGGUAUAUAAUUGAAAAUAUAUGGGGGCGGGGGGCAUAGUGGUCAAGUGGUUGUGACUCUUUAUUUUGAAAUCAGAGGGUCCUGAAUUUGAUUCCUAGCUAUGGCAUGUUUUCCCUUCAGCAAGAAAUUUACCCACAUUGUGCUGCAUUCAACCCUUGUGAGGUGAAUGGUUAUCCGGCAGGUUUAAUUCCUUGUAUGUGCUGAGCACUCAAAAUGGCAGCUUGAGCUAAAGCUGGGGUAAUAAUAUAAGAGUGCACCUCAGAGAUGAUUAUAUCUCUUGCACUAUAAAAAUGUCAAUUGUUAUUAUUUUAUAUAUAGAAAUGAUAUGUAAUAAAAUAUACUUUACCAUUCUAUUUUCAAUGAGUGACAUUGUAAUACUUUGUGUUUUACUCUCAAUACCCAGGCAUUUACAUCUUUUUACAAAUUCUUUGGAAUAUUGAAAUAAAGCUAUUUUCAUAGCAUCAACAUAAUAAUGGUGUGUCAUCCUCUCUUAUGAAUGAGACAAAGAUUUUUUUAUACAAAUUCCAAUUAAAUAUGACAUAGUAACAAGAAGCAUAGACUGGUGUACCCUACUUUACCACAAAUAUUGCAAUAUCAUAAAACUUGCUCCCAAAAUGCAUUUGACUAUUAUUUGAUUUUAAUCCUGUUUUGUCUAAUUAGUUUAGUAAAUUAUAACCAAAGUUUUAAGAGAUGUAGAUAUUGUCCAAAUUACAAUUUUUUAAGGCUUUGUUAAGCACUCACAUUCAUAAAACAAUUAUUAAAACAGCUGAUUUACGUGUAUGCAAACAAGGGUGAUUAAGUUAUACUCUUGAGAGCUAAUUUGAUGUAGAACUUGUGGGAAGAAACCCAAUCUUUAUCAAGGACCAAUUAUUGAUCAGACUGGCUUUCUUCUGCUACAUCCCACACCUUAAAAGACCACACCCUUUUAUUGAUCGAUCUCUUUAGUACUAGUAGGGGAGAUCGGGGUUAGUUGGAACGCGGGAUAAGUUGAAACAUUGUAAUUUUCUUAAACGCCUGUAAAAUAAAUUUAUGCAAUACUGCCCUCAAUUUAUUGCUAUUGAUAAUACAACAAAUUGAGGGCAGUAUUGCAUAAAUUUAUUUUACAGGCGUUAAAGAAAAUUACAAUGUUUCAACUUACCCCGAUCUCCCCUACCUACCAACGGAAUUGUGAAUCAUGUUUUAAUGAAUGCAUAUUCAGUUGAUGCCUGAUAACACAUGUGGUUUUGUUUUGUUUUUGUUAUUAACAGAAAGGUUCCGCUCAUGGCACAUUUAAACGGCGGCAAUCAUAUUAUUUUGUAACAUACAUAAACCAUACUUCAAAGAGUGUGGUCUUUCAGGAUGUUGGAGAUUGAGCAUGAAGUCUGUCUGAAGACUGGUUAGUCCUUGGUAGAAUUUUUUUGUUUCGUCUCCCAUAGUCGAUUACAUCUGAGCCGAGACUGUUAAUUGCCCUUGCUAUUCAGGAAAUUCAUUUUUGUUUAUAAUGGUUAUAUUAAGCACAAGUUUCCUCCCUGAAAAUAUGGAAAAGCCUUAAUAAAAAGGGCCCUUAUCUGAGGGUCCCGUUAGUCAAAUCUGCAAAAAGAAAAUACUGAAUAAUUUCAUACAAUAAAAUAUAAAAGAAAUAAGGACAUUGACUUCUCAUUUGCAUAACCCUGUUGUGCAUAUAAAUCUAUUGUGUGAAAUUUAUGAAAGCAGGAUUUUUAAAACGUUGCUUUCCUAUCUUGGGUCGAUUGUCAUGGAGGGGGUGGAACUUGUCCCUUGGGGAUAUGCUUAUCAAGUAAUAAACAUUUAAGAAGAGAGACAUUUUCUAAUGCUUUUUAUUUUUAUCAAACAACAGUAUAAUGUGGUUGCAUAAUAGAAAUGAUACAUGCUUUGAUUCGUUCAUUAUAUGGCCUAUUCCCUCUCCUUGAGGCUGUGUUCAAUCCAUUGCACCCGGCCUAAAAGCUUUGUACAAUAGUUUGAACAGAGCCUCAAUUCAAUUUCAAAUAGAUGUGCAUGCAUCAUUUGUAUAUUUUACCUUAGCCUAUGACAUUUUCACACUGAAAGAAGAUAUUCAGAAAUAAAGACAAAAGGAUGAAGGGAUAAAAAAGAUGUUUAUUCAAUAAUUGUUUUACAUGAUUAGACAGUAAUGAAUGUUGGGUAAUUCUUAAUGAUGUAAAUCACAUAUAAAUGUCAAUUCCCUGAUUUAUAAAAUGUGCAUGUACUAGUGCUAAAGGUGGAAAAUUUGUCUUUCUAUCAUACACCUAGAAAUACCUUUAUGUUAAAAUAAAA